CGGCUCGGUGCUGCGCUUCAAUGGCGCCCAAGGUCUUGAUGGUGGCGGAGAAGCCCAGUAUCGCGCUCUCUAUUGCGUCGGCACUGGCAGGCGGGCGGAUGUCUUCACGCAAAAGCAGUACCGAUGUUCAUGAGUUUGAUGGGACAUUUAUGGGAUUUGAUGUACAUUACAAAGUGACAUCUGUGAUUGGACAUGUUUUCAGUUUGGAUUUUCCACCAUCAUAUCAAAAUUGGGAAGUAACUGAUCCUAUGGAUCUUUUCCAGGCGCCAGUGUUAAAGUCUGAAUCAAACCCGAAGGCACAUAUACGUCGGCAUUUGUCUCAAGAGGCUAGAGGUUGUGGCUAUUUGGUACUAUGGUUGGAUUGUGAUCGUGAAGGUGAAAAUAUCUGCUUUGAAGUUAUCGAAUGCACUGGAAUACCUGAAACCGAGUGUGGAGUGAGGAUUUUUCGUGCUCGAUUUUCAUCUGUGACUGAAAAGGAUAUUUUAAAUGCCUUGAGCAAUCCUGUUAAACCAAACAAAGAUGAAGCUCUAGCUGUAGAUGCACGACAGGAGAUUGAUUUAAAGGUUGGAGUGGCCUUCACACGAUUUCAGACGCGUUAUUUCCAAGGGAAAUAUGGAAAUCUUGAUUCAAGAGUCAUUUCGUAAGAUAACUUUUCUCUUCCUGUCCCACAUUCUCCUUUCUAUUAUUUAUUUUUUUAAUUCCAAUCUACCAUGGUAUUAAGAAGGAUUAGGAAGGGGUGUCUUUGUUUCAAAUUAUCUUGUUCAAUAUGUAUAUAUAUAGU